AUGGUAACCGGUUGUCGGUGUUUUGUCCAAUUCCUCGGCCUUGCUCUGACUUUGGCCGCGUUGGGUGGCGUUGGAUUUGCCGUUGCAACGAAAUGGUGGUACAGAGAUGAGUUCGGUCUUCGUGUUGGGCUGUUCUCCGUCACUUGCGAAGACGGAAUGAUGUCGGCUCUUUUCUGUGUUCCGUUUAAAUCGAGAUAUGUAAGUAGUCUUCGAAAAACUUCCAAAAAAAUCUUUGCAAAAAUUUGAAUGAAAUCAUCAAGGUCGUUUUAAAAAAUAUUUUUUUUUUGAGCUGCGCCCGAAGUUGUUAUUGCAGUUAGUGCAGUUUUUGUUCCUUCUGAGAUCCCAGCUAGACCUUUAAUAUAAGAUAACGAGUCUUUUAUGAUAUACAUUUUAAUAAUCAAAUUGGUUUCAGGAAGACCACCCUUGGUCAAAGGUUUUAAUCGCGGCCGAAUGUGGGGCCCUUCUCUGUGGCCUGGUUGCCUUGAUCUGGGGCAUUGUCACUUCCACUUGCACCAGUCCGCAAAGUUUCCCCGGCACCGGAGGCUUCAAUCUUCUCGCUGGGUUGUUGUCGAUCGGAGGAUGCGCGUACUUUGCCUACGUUUUUCAAAACUCCUUCGGCGGUAAGUGCAUUUUUUUCAGGAGGUUUUUUGCAUUUGGUUUGAUAAAAGUUUCUUUUUUCAGACAUCAUCAAAUCCGCUGAGGCUCAUGCGCAAGGCGAGAAACAAGGGGAAGGCCUCGGAAUCAGCUUCAUGAUCGCUUGCGCCGGUGGAGUCGUCUUUCUCAUUGCUGCAGUCAUCGACUUCGUCGCUGCUUGCGUUAAAGUGGAGUGA